AUGGCGAGCGAAGGCGACUGGACCUGCGACGCUAAUGACGCCGUCCAGAUCACUCUUGUCCAGCCUGGUGAACAAAAACCGAAGACGCUCUCUAGCUUCCAUCCACAGUUUACUUACCCAAUUUUUGGUGAUGACGAAACAAUUUUCGGUUACAAGGGAUUGAUCAUCCGCUUGCGAUUCGCUGCUCAUGACCUUCGUCCGCAUAUCCAUAUUUCCUACGAUGAAAAGUUUAAGACCGUGGGCGACACCUCAGCAGUUGACUUGAUCAAAACAUUAAGCCCAUUCAUUCCGGAAGAGGCUUUCUCCACCCUUCCAGAUUAUGAAAACGCCGUCCAAGAAGACAAAGAUGCAAAGGACUUUGUACCGCCAGGAAAGCUCGUCCAUAACUAUGUCACUCGAGGACGAACAUACGAGAUCUGGGCGGCAUCUCUUGCUGAUCCUCAGGUGCGACGGCUGUUGGACCGAGCUCAGGUCUUCGUGUCACUAUUCAUUGAGGCUGGUACACCAUUAGAAACGGAGGAUCCCGAAUGGACACUUGAGCGCUGGACGGUCUACUUCGUGUACGAGAAAGUGAAACCCCCAACUCCCACUGCUUCACAAUAUUCCAUCGUCGGAUAUGCGACAACCUAUCGCUGGUGGUUCUACCAAAGGGAUUCCCCAGAGAAAGGCACGGUCACGAAUGACCCAUUCCCAGGUCCCGAAAUACGGCCUGCACAGCUACCAGCCCGACUGCGGAUUGCCCAGUUCCUGAUUCUUCCUCCUCACCAAGGCUCGGGACAUGGUACCCAUCUGUAUACGACCAUUCAUACCGCUUGCUUCAAUGAUUCGACAAUUGUCGAGUUGACAGUCGAAGACCCUAAUGAAGCGUUUGACGCGCUCCGCGACACCGCAGAUUUCCACAUCCUGCGCCCAGAAUUCCUUAAACACAACGUGAAUAUCAACCCCGACCCCUACGCAGAACUUUCUAAGAAACAGCGACCCCGUCGCGUCCCAACAUCUGCCCUCAUUCCCACAAAGCUUCUCCACGAUAUCCGUUCCACCUAUAAGAUUGCCUCAACACAGUUUGCUCAUGUCUUGGAGAUGUUUCUCUUGGGCGAGAUUCCCACCAAGAAUCGUCAUGCUGGUGGCGCAAAUAUGUCACGUCUAUUGGUAAAGAAAUAUAAUGCCACGGACCCAAACGAGCGGCGGUACUACUGGUGGCGCAUGCUAGUUAAACAACGUCUCUUCAAGCGGUCUCGUGAUAUUCUCAUCCAGCUAGAGAUGAGCGACCGCAUCGAGAAACUUGAGGAGACAGUGACCAACGUGGAGGAAGGAUACGAAGCAUUAAUCAAAGUCUUUACUGCCAGAGAGGAGGCUCUAAUGGCUAAGCAAGAAGAAUCUGGCGAAUCGCCCGAAACUGCAGUCCUAGAAGACUCAGUCGCAAGUUCCAGUGAUUCAUCGACCAGAGAUCAGCGCACUAAAAGAAAGUUUACAGUAGAGGAUGAGGAUGAGGAGGAAGAGGGUGAAUCGGAAGUUUCUAAGCGUCCGAAGGUGUAA